AUGGAGAGUGUGUCUGAUAAAGGUGGAAAGAUGGUCGAGAGUGAUGAGCAGUCGGAGAGGGAUAGUGGCGGUGGCGCAGCGAUGGCCGCGCUACACCAAUGCGAACUCAUCCAGAACAUGAUUGAAAUCUCCAUCUCCAGUUUACAGGGGCUCCGGACCAAAUGCGCCGCGUCCAAUGACCUCACACAGCAAGAGAUACGUACUUUAGAGGUAAAGCUGAUGAAGUACAUCUGUAAGCAGCUGCAGUGUAAGCGGAAAGUGCCAGAGGCAGAGAGGCCUCAGGCCUUGGACAGUUACCCACGGCUGGGGGACUGGCUGCGCACCAUCAACCUGAGACCUGAGCUCAUUGAGGCAGUGCCCGUGAAACUGUCCCUGGAUGCCUUGCUGCAGAUGCCAGGUUCUCAGGUGCAGGAGACCAUGAGGAGACUGGGCUCCACUUCAGAGGAGUGUGCCAGGCUCACCGCUGCCCUCUCCUGCCUGAAGAGUGCCACUGAAUCAGAUGGGGAGCUGAGAGAGGAUGUUGGACUCUGGUUCUCUGAGCCCACCCGGCGAGACAGUGGCUCUCUGCUGCUGCCUGCCGACCAGCUGACGGGGGGGAUGGGGGGUCCGAUGCGCCCCCACAGCCCCUCUCCCCUAGCUCGGCCCCCCACCACCCCAUCCACUCCCUCCACCCCCUGCACCGCCUGUGCCCAACCCCGGUUCGGCUCCGUGUCUGCAAUGCCCGGUCCCGAGGCACAUGGGGCGUACAUUUACGCUGACAGCCCCUUCACAGACCCCUUCCCCCUCUCCGCCGCCCAUCAGGGGCGACUCUAUGGCCACACCUCCACACCGCCCAUCACCCCGCCCUCCAAGAGGCGCCACAGGCUGAAGCCCCCAUGCACCCCGCCACCGCCCUCCCGCAAGGUGCUGCACCUCCUGCCCAACAUCACCCUGACCCGCAGCAAAAGUCACGAGUCCCAGCUGGGGAACCGCAUCGAGGAGCCGCCCACCAACAAGUAG